GUAGACGUUCAUGCUAUUAAUGCCGAAGAUGAAGAACUCAGGAUCUCUAUAUUUCGAGAAAAUAUUCGGCCUCUCGGUGCACAAGUUUACGAUUUCAUUGACAUUGACGACCUAGAAAAGGCUCAUUUUUACAUCCUCAACAAUUGUGAUAAAACUAUUCCAUAUAUCGAGUUCGUUGUUCCAAACUCCUUACUUUGCAUUGUAUUUACAUAUGCAUAAUUAUAUACUUUCUUGACAUUAACAUGUACUACUGUUGCAUAUAGCGAACAUAAAGCUGAACUCCUGGCCCAAAAUGAACAGAAUGUUGAUAAAAGACAUAAGAAGGAAUUUAUCAAUUGGUUUGGGAGUCGUGUAAGUAACAAAAAUUGCUUCAAUUAGAAGCAAUGUAUGGUUUCACUAUUGACGGUAUUCUUCUAAACUCCUGUUUAUUUUAUAGAUGAAAGUCAUGUUUUACAAUAAGGAACCAACGACAAGUAAAGAUUUGUAUGCGUUGGCAUGUGGCCCCAAUCAACGAGUUAACCGCUACAACGGUUGCAUUGUUAACGGGUUAUGAUUUCAUACAAAGUCCCUCGAACUGCAUAGAAGAACCCAAAAUUGUGGGGUUGCAGUGUUAGGCACAGAAGGAGAUGAAGAUAUUAACUACUUUGGUGUGUUGGAUGACAUUAUAGUGCUUAGCUAUGGAGCAAACAAAGUCGUCCACCUGUUCAAGUGUACCUGGUGGGACAUCGGCAAUAAAAAGACUGGGAUAAACACCGAUGCCUACUUCACCAGUGUCAAUUUUAGCAAGACUUGGUAUCAAAAUGACCCUUUCGUGCUUACGACGCAGGCAGAACAAGUGUUUUACCUUAAAGACACCAAAUUGAAGGGUGAAUGGCACAUGGCUCAAAAGAUUCCUCCCCAAAGUUUGUACGCAAUUGUAGAAGUGGCAGAUAGUGAGAUGAGUGCCAGUGAGGCUGCAUUCCAAGAAGAUGAGUCAUCUAUCUACGCAACAGCGCAAUCUGAAAGAGAUGUUGUUGAAGAAGGCGCUGAUCCUAUACCAUUACAAAAGGAUGGUGCUAGGGCAGAACACGUAGGAGCUGUUGACAUUACAAUUGAACCUUCUAUAGACAUUCACUUCAUCGACGAUGAGGAAACUGAUGGGGAAGAUGAAACAGGGAUCGAGUACUGUAGUGAAGAGGAAGACACUUUAGAAAGUGAGGAUGAUAUGGAUAUUGAGGACGUAUAGUGGGAUAUGGCACCAAGAGGUUGACGUUGGAGACUUCCUUUCAGGCCCACUACUACAUCGCAUGAGGAUGAUCUGACAUCCUCGAGACCGGCGGAGCCCAUCGGUACUGAUAUGGCGGCACCAUUGUCUGAGCCAUCAGCACCUCGGCCAGACAUGGAUACCACUUAUGCGACUGACAUGCAGGCAUCUACAUCCACGGUUAGGUCAGGCCGUGGUGCAGUAAAGAACAUGUCAAUGAAGAAGCACCUGGAUAGGACUAAAGAGCGGAUUCAGAUCGACAUUCCUCCAAGAUACACAACCCCGCUAAACGAUUGGUGCAUCAAGUGGACGAGGGAGCUCGGCAUUAUAUGCUGAUAGUAUGCUCCAGUCACCACAUUCAGCUAGCCCUAGGUGACUCAGGAGCAGCACAUGGUCCUUUACAUGCGCAUUUUGGAGGAGUUUGAUAUGGACAUCCUCGAGGAUGACCAUGUGAGGAGCGUGGUUGACGUCCAAUUGUGUAAUAAAUUUAAGAGCUAUCGCUCAAAAAUGCGCUCCCAUUUUCUAGCAAUGGGAGAUGAAGUAGAAGCGCGGCCAUACGAUAAGAUAUCCCAAGAAGAUUGGGACGUGGUCUGUCGCCAUUUCCGCGACCCGCGUUAUCAGGCCAUAUGUAAAACAAAUGCUACGAACUGCAGCAAACUCCCUACGAUGCAUUGCGGUGGAUCGAGGCUAUUUGUAAAUCAUCGCCAGCAUGAUCCCGAGACUGGCACAGAGCAGCUGUUGCCGGAUCUGUAUCAGAGAAUACACCAACGGCGAUCGGGGGAGUGGUGCAAGGGUGCGCAGGAUCGACAUGCACGGAUGGUCGAGCUGAGGGAUGCACCUAUUUCAGAGGGGAGUCCGCACAUGACAGAUUUCGAGAUCACUUCCCAGGUGCUUGGGUAAUGAGCGGGGAGCUGGGUGAAAGGUCUUGGAAGUGGAUACAUGGCCCCAACAGCAUCAUCAUCCAUGGGUGCGGCGACUCGUGCAAAGAUGGAACGACAGCGUCGAGAGGCCAAGUAUGAUAAGCAGGAGAUGGCUAGAUAGAUGUAGACGAUUGCUAUGGAGAACGCGGAACUAAGAUCGGACCUCUCCACCGUUCGAGCCCAGAUGCAAGCCAUGAUGGAUAGGCAGGCGCGGUUAGAGGAAAGGAUGCGCCGAUCUGGACAAGAUGAUGCGGGUGGCUCCUCUAAUUGAUUAUAAGGGUUUGCAACUGUGACAACGUCAGUACGAUGUCAUGCACUAUGGACGCAGCUGAAAACUUUCUUUGUUAUCUGAACAGAUUAAAUGUAUUUGAAUUUGAAUUUAUAUAAUAUAUUUGUAUUUAAAUUUGAAUUUGUAUAACAUAUUUGUAAUUUAAUUUGAAUUAGAAUUUUUAAUAA